CCCUUGCUUAGGUGCCUUAAAGUUAAUAACAAAGUAUUAAUCUUAGGAUCCCCUAUUUAGAGGAUGCCUUGUGGAUAGACUGGCUAUUAGCAACAGCAUCUAAGGCCUAGUUAACCUUAUACUCAGUAUAUUAGCCCAUAAGGACUAGAAAAGGGUAUAUAGAAAAGAUAAAGCCAUUCAGUUAAGAACUGUAAAUGUUGUAAUGUAAUAAAGUUGGAGAAAACAGGAGGCUGGUGGUGGUAGUGAGGCAUUUUUGGGGGGGCCAAAUGUGGGGGGGGCCAAAUGUGGGUGCUUGACGUUAUCAGGCCAUCGCGGCCCUUUGGGAAUCCCCCAGAAAGAUCUAAAGUGUCUUGCACUAUCAACAUACACCCGAAUACCGAAGGCCAGACAGCAUCCCAUGUCUGCAGGGUUUCAGCUUGCCGGUGCUCGAUUGGACUCUACCUGCCAUUAGCCACGCCAUAAAACCCGAGGUUGACCAGCAUCGCCAACCGACUGGAAAGGCCCUAUCUUUCAAAGCUAUAAAUAACGGUCAUUGGGCAGAAAACUCGAGCCGCUAGGAAAUCAACACUACGCCAAGGCUCAUCUCAUCCUACAAGUGGUCAAGACGACGCCACAUAAUUCUGUCAGGUCCCCCCUAUCCAUCCCCUGUCGAACGACACCAUGACGAGCAAAGUGUCAUUGGCACCGUUGCCAAAGACCACGCUUCCUCGAAAAUCGAGGGUCUGCACGCGGGAGGCGUGCGAAGCGUGUCGAGUAAAAAAGGCAAAGUGUGAUGGAGGAAAACCAUGCUCACGAUGCAGGUUCCGCAACGAGCAGUGCGAGUACCUCGCUCGACCGCACCAGACCAAACGUAGUCUGCAAGCCGAGCUUGAGAGGAUGAAGGAUGCCCAGCACCGACGGGAUACCAUACUCGGCGCGCUCACGGAACCAGGCCAGUCGCAGGAAGUCCUUCGUCGGUUGUGUGGUGGCGAGACGUUCGAGACGAUAUACGAGAGCCUCGACAAUCACGACCUAGCAUCCCCGACUCCCACUCAAACACCCGACGCCCAGAAUCAACCUCGGUCCGUCAAGGCGGAGGAAGCAUCUUGGACUCCGAAUCAGACACCCCUCUGUUCCCCGCCAAUCCUGGAUUACUCCUACUCGCAUGGGUCGGAAGCCAGUCACGUUCGAAGCGCCAUCAGCCAACAUGCCGUUCCGGCCGAGUCGAUGGGCGAUGGUGGUUCAGAUGGGGGAUCGUCGCCGCAUUUCAACGUCUUCAUGCCCAACAACAUGGUCCUCCCGGACCACAUGAAUGAGUAUGGUGCCAUGGACAAUAACAGCAGCAACACAGCCAUGAUGCCGUACGGUGGAUUCAUGGACUGCAGCGCUUGGAUAUUCAACCCAAAUACCAGUUACACCGAUCAACCAUACACGACCACCGCCGCCGACGGCAACGUCAUGAAUCUAUACCCAUGGCAAUCAGGCAUUCCCACCCCUACAUUACCAACUACCGACGACGGCGUUCCUCCAGUCACAGACCAUGGCGGCUGGCCAUUUCCUCCCUUCGUGGUGCCUCAGAUCCCGAGCCCGGGUCAAGCUAGCUUUUUGCAACCGUUGACGCCCUCGUCCCCGAAGAACCACUCGCUCUUGGCAUCUCCUGCCUCUUCACGCGAGCAGACGCACAGCAGCCAGGGCUCAAGCGUCGCCAGCGUCGGUGAAAGCCGGUACCCGACGCCGCCGCCGCCGCCGCCGCCCCCAAAGAGACGGAAAUACGACACCCAGGCCAACAACAAACCCGCCUCCUCGGCCAUCCCGGUCACCGCCGCCGUCGCCAGCGCCAGAACCGACUGCAAGACUGUCGAAAGUGCCCCAGCCGACGAGAAGAAGGCCCAGGUCCAGUUCCCGGAAGGGCAGACGCCGCCGCACGACCGCGAGCGCCACAGACGAGCCUCGGCGCGCAACUGGCAGAAGCAGAAGCAGCAGAGCGCCGAGCUCGAGGCGGCGAUGCGCGUCGCCGAGGACCGCAACCGCAUGCUCCACCGGGAGUUCGCCGAGAUCGCGAGCCAGGUCAUGGACGCCAAGAACGCGCUCAUAGCGCACGCCCAGUGCAACCACCCGGCCAUCAACAGCUGGCUGCGCUGCCACGCGACCGACUACGUCCUCAACAAAGGCGCCGCGGCGGAUAGAAAGCGAAAGGAGUAAACAGGUUGAAAGAAGGGGGGGUGUCAACGUAGCCGGCGGGACGUGGAUGAACACACCAUGUAUAUGUGUGUGUGUGUUUGUGUCCAUUGCUUGGACAAUAUCAUUCUGGAAUAUGUCCAUUUAAUUAGGUGGGCGGCGUAUACGACUAUUGAAAACUUCUCAGACGAGGGAACAUGAGUAACAUGGGUUCUUGAGUCAGGACAACGGGGCGCGGGAGGGAUAUCACGGCUCGCGGGGUGCGUGGCCUUUGGCGAUCUUUCCAAACGAGGCGUUCAACACUGGCAAUUCACCCACCGAAUGGGACAAGCGAUGAGGUCUUGAAAGUUACGCCGUAAUAACGCGUAUGGAUAUUAUAUUAUGGCAGGUUUUCUUUUUGGGGGGAGGUUGCUCCUGCUGUUUCCCUUCUUCUUUUCACAUUUCAAGAUAUGUCUUCUUGGUGUGGUGCAGUAGCCCUGUUAUUAAUGAUCAUGACAAACAACAAAAUCAUC